AUGGUGGACCCUUUGUCAGUCGCUGCCAGCGCUGCUGGGCUUAUUUCUCUCGGCAUCGAGAGCUGCAAGACCAUCGUGCACUACUGCAGCCACAUACAUGGUUGCAAUGAGGAUGUUGACGCCAUAGCGCUUAAGGCUGGCGGCCUCCUGACUACUCUUCAAUCAUUGGCCGCGUUGCUCGACGAAACUGACCAGCUAAAUCCCAAGGUCGCUGCUGAUAUUCGCGAGAAAAUUCUACAGAAUCAACAAUGGGUCGAGAAGAUCAAUGACCGAAUUUCGAAGCUGUCUGUCACUGCCCAGGGAACAGGGCUCGGCGAGAGGUUGCGUGUCUCUGCCAAAAAGGCAACCUAUCCUUUCAACAAGGAUACACUGCUCGGGACGCUGGAUUUACUGCAGGGUCUUCAGAUGAACUUACAUACGGCGUUACUUGCACUGCAAAUACAACAUGCUUCUGCCAUUGCUCGACAAGCUGAGGUUACCACGAGAAUGGAGACCUUGGUCCGAGCAAGAUUGGACCAGCUUGAUUCGACUAUGGGAAGAAUGACCCUGGCUAUUUCCAACGCAACGCAACAAAAACAGCUAGAGGCUACAUAUCCCACCCAGGGCAUGAGUCGUCGGUCUGCUGUCAGGGCGACUUGCACUUGCUUGGAGAUGGGGGUAUCUUCUCUUGAAUCUUUGCGGCUACCCCGAGCAUGUCCACGGCAUAGGCGGAUACAGACAAAAGCACGAGCAAGGGUAUUUCGAUUCGCCAGCGCCUGGCUCGGGCUUUCUGUUGAGGCGACCAUAUCUAUAAUAACCGGCGGGAACGGUGUCUCGGUCUGCCCAACACUCCGCGUUCAGUCGAUUGUUAUGGAUGACUCCCCUGGGUUUGAGCUUGUGCGCACUUGUCCGCCACUCGACUCGACGACUGAAGAAAUCUCACAGCACUACCACACCAUAGUCCAGAAACUGCAACUGGCGUUUGACCAGGGCUAUGCGAGCCCAUAUGACAGAUUGGAAGACGGCCGUACGCUAUUGCAUGUCGCAUGCCAGCGUCCAGGUUCUGUAAAUGACUGCCUACUAAAGUAUCUCGUCAACGCAGGUUGUCCCAUCAACGAACCCAACUCUUACAGUGACACCCCGUUGAGCCAGAUACUUUGCAAUUGGAACUACCAUCGGGGCGAUCCGAUGAUGGAGAGGAUGGCAAUCACUCUCGUAGAGCUUGGUGCGCUCGUGCAAGAUGAAUACCUUGUUUACUGGCAAUCAGCUGAAGUAUUGAGCCGCGUGUGGUCCCAUUAUGAAGAAACAUCCGCCGUGUCAAACCUUGUGGACGCCAUUCUAUCCCAUUCCAGGGAGCGAUUGCAGCGUGCCCUGGAAAUGAAUCACGAGCGUGAUUUGUCUCUCUUGUACAGGCUCUGCCUUUCCUGGGCAGAUGGAAUAGGCAUCCUGCACGAGACUGGGAAGGCUAUUUCCGCGGAAGAAAAGAGUCUUCUUCUAGAUGAAGCAGUGCAAUUUAAAUUGCCGGAAGCUGCACUAGCGCUUGUUAAUGCUGGAGCUCCGGUGACUCCAGCCCAUAUCUUCGCAUCCAAGUCAGUGCACUUGGAGAGAGAUUUAUUCACUGCCUUUCUAUCGCAGGCCGAGCGUCUUUCAGAGCUCGUAAAGACACAUCUGCCGCCUCACAUCCAAGCGAGUCUCGGAAUACAAGAGGGUCAGUGGCUUGACCGGAAAGCAGCGGAGGCAUAUGCGGAGCUCAACUCUUGCGGCGUUCAAAUGGAUGAAAACCUCCGUUACACCGACAACUGCUCUGUAUUUCACAACAAUGACUUGACGGUAAGCCAGAUGCAGCGCCUAUAUGAAGCUGGAUUCCGAGACAUGGACAGCCGUGAUGAUCAAGGAUACACGCCGGUGAUGUUGACCGUGUCCCCUUUCGAUUUUUCUCCGUACGAUAGCAUCUGCCGCAAUGUUGGAGGAGCGCAAUGGUUGGUUGACAAGGGCGCGAGUCUUGACAACGAGCGGCCAGAUGACCGAUUACCAGCGCGCCAUAUCAUUGCCCUGAAUCUCGCUGCCAGAUUAGCCGGACGUCUACGGGCGCCCUUACUCAACGGCUUCGAUGAACCCCUCGAAACUAUCCAAGACAUACUUUCUCUCCCCACGCCGGCGUCUAUAUUACACUGCGCUGAUAUCCCGCAUGUUGCCAUUGACGAUAAGCAAGUCGGACCUCCAUGUUUCUGUCUGCGUUCAGGGUCUUGCCCUCUACACUUGGGCUUGCGAUACAUCAUCCACGUUCAUUAUCAUGAGCCUCCUGAUGACGAAGAAAAUAAUCCUUGGGAAUGGGCUCAAACCGCAUUUGAAAUGCUCCUCGAUGCUCCGCAGAUAGCACCCACCAUAUCAAACCAGAUCAUUCGUCUCAUUACUUUCACUGACAUCCAGCUCACGCACACGUGCUAUGGCUUUGAGCGUGACUCCGGCUAUAAGCUAGUGGAGGUGCAACCUUUUGACCAGGACGACGCAGCCGAGAUCCAUGAAGAGGAGAACGCGUUUAUCGAGGAGCUGGAGGGAUUUGUCCCGCAGCUACAACGCGAGUUUGAGGCCAUGCAAAUCCCGCUAUGGGGGUUUAUCCAGACGCACUGGUGUGCGCGGAUGAGGGAGCACCUGCUUGAACAGGGGGAGACUGUGGCGAGUACUGGAUAUGGUGACAUCCGGAUGCGGGAAAGACAAAUUCUGGUCACUAUCGAUCUGCCCAAAGAGGCACUUAUAGUCUCGCCUUCUCAUUCCACCGCCAGAGCUGCACCAGCGGCCCUGCAACACCAUAGACAGGAUCCGCCUCAGGCUCGGCAACCCUCUUCGUCUCUUAACAGAGUACAGCCAGGUCGACCGGCUUGCUUACCAUCUCAUUCCGCCACCGUGGACAUUGUGUCCGGUAUCAGAUAUACUUCAAUACUUCACGGAGCAUCGACGUUACCGUACCUCCGGAUAUACACCAAUGUACCGAUAAUCCUCGCUGCUCUCGACGCAACUGUGUGCCGUCCUUGCCGGAAGGACAAUUACAUCGCCGGCUCGGACAGCUACCUCGAGCUUACCGGUUUCAUCGCCGCCGCCGACACCAAGGAGGAGCUUUGA